GUUCCAUUCUCUUUGUUUCAUCUUUCUUCAAAUAUCUUUCUAGCAAGGUCCUUGAUCCUCUCUCCACCGCACCAAUGGAUUCUUCUAUUUUAAUUACCAUUCUUGCUGCUGCAAUAGGCUUCUUCAUGAUUUUUAGAAAAAUCAGAUCCCAUCAAGAAAACAAAGAAAUCGAUUCUUCUUCUUCUUCUUUAUCUACUUCAUCAGUUCCUCCAUCUUUAUCGUCUCCUUCAUCAGUUCCUUCAUCUUCUUCGUCUCACAACUGGAUACACGAUGUUUUUCCGAGCUUCCGCGGGGAAGAUGUCCGCGAAGAAUUUCUCAGUCAUAUUAAGAAGGAGUUUGGAAGAAAGGGAAUUACACCGUUCAAUGAUAAUGGGAUCAAGAGAGGAGAAUCCAUCGGUCCUGAACUCAUACGGGCCAUUAGAGAAUCUAAGAUCGCGAUCGUUUUGCUCUCCAAGAACUAUGCUUCUUCAAAAUGGUGUCUUGACGAAUUGGUGGAGAUUAUGAAGUGCAGGGAAGAGUUGGGUCAAACUGUGAUGGCCGUUUUCUAUAAAGUAGAUCCAUCUGAUGUAAAGAAGCUUUUAGGAGAUUUUGGCAAGGUUUUCAGAAAAACUUGUGCGGGUAAAAGGAAGGAGGAUAUUGGAAGAUGGAGACAAGCUUUGGAAAAGGUGGCCACAAUCGCUGGUUACCAUUCAAACAAUUGGGAUGAUGAAGCGGCCAUGAUCGAGAAAAUUGCCAUCGACGUUUCAAACGAGCUGAUUAAUAAUGCGCCAUCAAGUGAUUUCGACGGUUUCAUUGGGAUGGGAGCUCAUAUGGAAAAGAUGGAACCGUUCUUACUCUUAGGCUCCAAUGAAGUGAGGAUGAUAGGGAUUUUGGGUCCUUCUGGAAUUGGUAAGAGCACCAUCGCCAGAGUUUUGUAUAGCAAAUACUCUCAUCAUUUCCAACUUAUUGUCUUCAUGGAGAAUAUCAAAAGACGUUAUCCAAGACUUGCUUACGAUGAGUACAGUACGAAACUGCAAUUGCAGAACGAGUUCUUGUCCCAAAUAAUCAACCAGGAGGGAAUCAAGAUCCAUCAUUUAGGAGUUGCGCAAGAUAGGUUAAAAGACAAGAGAGUACUUGUCGUUCUUGAUGACGUGGACCAUUUGGUGCAACUAGAUGCCAUGGCGAAAGAAACUCGGUGGUUUGGGCCUGGAAGUCGGAUUAUCAUCACAACGCAAGAUAAAAGGCUUUUGAAUGCACACGGGAUUAACCAUAUUUACGAGGUGGGUUUCCCACAUGAAGAUGAGGCUCUUGAAAUCUUCUGCAUGGCGGCUUUUGGUCAGAAUUCUCCAUAUGAGGGUUUCAAGAUCCUUGCUAGGGAGGUUACAGGACUUGGUGGUCGACUCCCUUUGGGACUAAGGGUUAUGGGAUCUUAUUUGAAAGGAAGGUCCGAGCAGGAGUGGAGACAGGAACUACCAAGGUUAAGGACCAGCCUUGACGGAGAAAUUGAAAGCGUCUUGGAGUUCAGUUACAAUGCCUUACGUGCUGAAGAUAAAGCUUUAUUUCUUUAUAUAGCUUGUUUUUUCAACAAUGAAAGGAUUGAGAAAGUCCAAGUACAUCUAGCAAAGAAUUUCUCUAAUGUGAGUCAAGGUCUCCAGGUCUUAGCUGAGAAAUCUCUCAUAUCAAUCAGCGGCUGGGGAUCGAUAGAGAUGCAUGAUUUGCUAGCACGUUUGGGUAAAGAAAUUGUUGGUAGACAAGCCAUUCAUGACCCUGGGGAGCGUCAGUUUUUGGUUAAUGCCCAAGAUAUAUGCCAAGUACUGAACAAUGAUACACUGGGUAGUAAAAGAGUUAUAGGCAUAGAUCUCAAGUAUCAUGAGAUCAAGGAUGAGUUAAAAAUAAGUGAGAGAGCCUUUGAAAGAAUGUCUAGUCUCCAAUUCUUAAGAACACGUGGUGAUUCUAACUAUGCCUUACAGCCAAGACCAAACUAUCUACCUCCAAAAGUUACAUUGCUGCAUUGUGAAUAUUUUCCAAUGACAUGUCUCCCUUCUAGGUUCAAUCCGAAUUUCCUCGUGGAACUAAACAUGCCUCGUAGCAGGCUUGAGAAAUUAUGGAAAGGAAUUAAAACGAUUAAAAAUCUCAAGUGGAUGGAUUUGAGUUAUUCCGAAAAUCUGAAGGAGCUUCCUGAUCUCUCAACUGCCAGUAGUCUCCAAGAAUUGAAACUUAAAUAUUGCUCAAGUCUGGUGAAGCUUCCAUCUUCUAUUGGGAAUGCUGUUAAUCUUCAAAAACUAGAUCUCAGUAAAUGCUCAAGUCUGGUGAAGCUCCCAUCUUCUAUUGGGAAUGCUGUUAAUCUUCAGAAAUUAAAUCUCAGUAGAUGCUCAAGUCUAGUGGAAGUCUCAUCUUCUAUUGGAUAUGUUAUUAAUCUCAAGAAGUUGAAUCUUUGUGGUUGCUCAAGUAUAGUGAAUCUCCCAUUUUCUAUUGGGAAUGUCACUAGUCUUCAGAGAUUGGAUCUCAGUGGUUGUUUAAGUUUGGUGGAGCUCCCAUCUUCUAUUAGAAAUCUUAUUAAUCUACAGAAGUUGGAUCUUUCUGAUUGCUCAAGUCUAGUUGAGCUCCCAUCUUCUAUUUGGAAUGUUUUUAAUAGUAACCUCAAGGAGUUGAAUCUUCGUGAUUGCUCAAGUGUAGUGAAGCUCCCAUCUUUUAUUGUGAAUGUUGUUAAUCUUGAGAAAUUAAACAUCAGUGGUUGCUCGAGUUUAGUGAAGCUCUCAUCUUCAAUGGGAAAUGCUGUUAAUCUCAACGAGUUAAAUCUUAGUGGCUGCUCAAGUAUAGUGAAGCUCCCAUUUUCUAUUGGGAAUGUCACUAAUCUUCAGGAGUUAAAUCUUAAAGGUUGUUCAAGUCUAGUUGAGCUCCCAUUUUCUAUUGGGAAUCUUAUUAAUCUCACAGAGUUGGAUCUUUCUGGUUGCUCAAGUCUAGCGGAACUCCCAUCUUCUAUUGGAAAUGCUGUUAAUCUUCAAAAACUAGAUCUCAAUGGUUGCUCAAGCCUGGUGGAGCUCCCAUCAUCGAUUGAAAAUCUUCGAAAUUUGUUGUACUUGCCUUUGAAAGGUUGCUCAAAGCUAGAGGCUCUUCCGAUCAACAUCAACAUGGAAUCUCUCCAUAAACUUGAUCUCACUGACUGCUCAUCGUUGAAAAGUUUCCCUGAGAUUUCCACAAAUAUUAAGUCUCUCUGGAUUUGUGGAACUGCUGUAGAAGAAGUUCCUUCGUCAUUCAGGUCAUUGUAUUAUCUUGAGCACUUGCAAAUGCAAUACUGUGAAAACCUUGGGGAAUCGCAUGCUUUUGACCGCAUCAUGAAGCUGCACGUGAGCAAUACAAGAAUACAAAAACUUGCUCCAUGGGUUAAGGGAAUGUAUCGUCUACAUACACUUGUGCUUGAGAGAUGCACAAAUCUUGUUUCGCUCCCAGAGCUUCCAGGCUCCUUAAGAGUCCUGCUUGCAGAAAAUUGUGAGUCACUAGAGACACUAGAUUGCUCUUUUCACAAGACAGAGUUUGACCGUCUCAGGUUUAUCAACUGCUUCAAAUUGAAUCAAGAUGCAAUAGACCUUAUCAUCAAGACAUCGAUUGGUCACUAUGGCCAUGCAGUCUUACCCGGAGAAAAAGUGCCUACGUACUUCACUUACCGAAACAAUGGGAGUUCAAUCUCAGUGAAUUUGAAUGAAACUGAUACACAUUUUCCUAUAUCCUUGAGAUUUAAGGCUUGCGUCUUGCUGGUUAAUAAGGGUGGCAAUUGGAGUUUGAGGUAUCUAUAUUGUCGCAUCAAUGGUGUCAAUUCUAGGAUUCCCAUUCUCACCGAACUAUCGCCAUGUGGAAAGGAGCAUCUGUUCAUAUUCGAAUAUGAAGCACAGGUGAGUUCCAGUGAAUUAGUCUUUGAAUUCGAAUUUAGCGAGAAGAAAUUGGAGAUUGGAGAAUGCGGGAUACAAACUUCAGGUCCCUAGGUGUUAUAAGGAGGAUGUACAGUAUAAUUUCCAUUUUCAUUAUUGUUUACUUCAAAAAAAAAAAAAACAUUACUUUCAAGUUGAU